AGGUUUUCUGGUUGCUGGUCAUGUUCAUCGCCCUCGGAGUUACUGCUGAUGAUUUCUUGUGUUCCGCCUUAGUGGUCAUUUCUAAGACACUACACUUAUCUCAGAACAUUGCUGGCGUGACGUUCUUGGCUUUUGGUAACGGGUCUCCUGAUAUAUUUUCUUCCUUAGCUGGUGUACAAGAAUUAAGAUCUGAUCUUGUAAUUGGACAACUCUUUGGUAAGUUUAAUAAAACUCUGGCUUAUGAUGAUAAUUAAAAUAACUGUAUAUUUGCGUACAAGUUGUAAUUUGAGAUCAAUCUUCUAUUGUUAGAGGCUAUAAUGUUACAAUUAACUCAAACUGACUAGAUUGUGGCAACAAAGUAAUAAAAAAGACUUUUAAUCUCAAUAUA